GCCCGUCGCGGCGGACUCGCCCGCUCCCCCUCCGGCCCGCAGAGCCCGCGCUGCAGCCGCUCGGCCGCUCGCCCGGCCGCUCGGAGAGGCAGCCAUGGGCACCGCGCGCUGGCUGGCGCUGGGCAGCCUCCUGGCUCUGGCGGGGCGGCUAGGAGGCCGGAUCGUGGGCGAGGAGGAAGCCGGCUUUGGCGAAUGUAACAAAUUCUUCUACGCCGAGACCCCGCCUGCGGGCCUGGAGGCCGACUCCCACGUGAAGAUCUGUCAGCGCUCGGAGGGCGCGGAGCGCUUCGCCACGCUCUACAGCACCCGCGACCGCAUCCCGGUGUACUCGGCGUUCCGUGCGGCGCGGCCGGGGGCUGGCGGCGUGGAGCAGCGCUGGCUGGUGGAGCCGCAGAUUGAUGACCCCGCUAGCAACCUGGAGGAGGUGAUUAAUGAAGCUGACGCCAUCACCUCUGUGACCAAUCUGGGGAGCAAGCAAGCCCUGAAUACAGAUUAUCUGGAUUCUGAUUACCAGAGAGGACAGCUGUACCCGGUCUCCCUUAGCAAUGCCCUCCAGACAGCCACAUUCACUCUUACGAAUGCAGCUCCGAUGACCCCAUCCUUCAGGGAACGGUGGUACAUGAACCUCAACGGCCUAAUGGACCGGGCCUUGACCCCACAGUGCGGUCAUGAGGAAGACCUAUAUAUCAUCGCAGGUGCUGUGCCCUCAGAGCACAGAGUGAAAGACAAAGUGGCAGUCCCCAAGUUUGUCUGGCUGGCAGCCUGUUGUGCUGUUCCUGGAGGCUGGGCCAUGGGCUUUGUCAAACACACACGGGAUGGUGACAUCAUAGAAGACGUGAUGGUGAAAGAUCUCGAGAAACUGCUUCCAUUUAACGUACAGCUGUUCCGGAAUAAUUGUGCUGAAACUGAGCAAGACACAGAGAAAAUGAAAAAAAUCCUUGAAAUGGUUAACCAAGUCCAGGAUGAAGAGCGAAUGGUGCAAUCUAAAGAGAGUUCCAUUCCCCUUUCCAGCACAAGAGGGAAGAGGUCUGCUCUGUUGCCUCCAGAGGCACCUGGAGAGAGUAGUAGCCUUCUGGGAAGACUGAUGGGCUUCAUUGCCACCCCAGUCAUCAGGCUUUUCCAAUUAAUUUAUUACCUUGUGUUAGGACUCCUGAAGAUCUUUGUCUAUUUCCUAUGGUAUGUUGCCAAGCAGGUGAUGAAUGGCUUAGAAAGUUGCUUUUACCACCUGGGCUCAGCCACUGUCUCAUACUUCCUGGCCAUUGGGGAAGAGUUGGUGAGCAUUCCCUGGAAGGUGCUCAAGGUCAUGGCCAAAAUCAUCAGGGCCAUCCUCCGGAUCCUUUGUUGUCUGCUGAAGGCUGUUUGCCGUGUUCUGGGCAUCCCUGUCCGAGUCCUUGUGGAUGUGGCCACUUUCCCGGUGUACACCCUGGGCGCCAUUCCGAUCGUGUGCAAGGACAUUGCCGUGGGCCUUGGCGGUACUGUCUCUCUGCUCUUUGAUGCUGCUUUUGGCACCAUGGGUGGCCUGUUUCAAGUUAUUUCUGGUGUCUUCAAACGGAUUGGCUACAAGGUUACUUUGGACAAUUCUGGAGAGUUAUAGAAUUCAAAAAACCAAUAGUAUCCAACCACAGUGAAUAUGGUUUUUUUUUGAUAGAGAAAGGUGGAAUGUUUUGUCUUUAUAGUGGGUUUUUGUUCACUGUCAAUUACUUUGACAUUUUGGCCUUUGGUGGGGGAGUCUGCCUGUUUUGCAAAGAAGAUGGUGCAAUUUAGACUUGACCCAAGGGAUUACGUGUGGAUAAUCUGCUGUGUACCUCCAGUGAUACGUGCAAAUUUCCAAGCCAUUAAUAAGUUCAGGCGCUCAUUCAGAUAGAUAUGACCACCUUAGAUGUUCUGGUGUUCAUUUGCGAUAAUAAAAUUUACAGGAGAGGGAGGAAUCGGACAACUUUAAAUGAAAGGGCUUCCGAGGAAAGGAGAAAGGAAUCAUGUUCCUCCCAUUGCUUUCUGAGACAAGAGGCAAAAUAUGUGUAAAUAUCCUUGGCCAGUUUGUUAAUGCUUGUUUCUUUUUCUUCCCAACCCAACUGACCUUAGUGAAGUGCAGAUGAUGCCUCUCAGCUGAGAGAACUUUCUUAGCUGGUUUUAGAGUAUCUGCUGUAUCUCUUAGCUUUCCAGGGUUCUCAAAGACUGGGAGGGUUUCUUUUUGUUUUCCACGUUGAACUCUGCUGUAUUUUUCUUUUAGGUAAUGCUAUUUUGCUCCUUGAACCGUGUAAUACAGCAUAAUACAGUCCUCUCAGGUGUAAGGAAGAGACCAGAAGGGUGGGGGCCUUGAUCCAAGAAGGUGCUGUAGAUCCUAGGACCUUUUCAGCCAAACUUGGAUUGACUUGGUAUAUAUUACAUCUCUGGCUGACAAAGUUGAGCUCAAAGACCUACAUGUUCAGUUAACAUGAAGUUUCACGUUCUUCAACAUGCUAGAUCAAACUUUCUUAUGCAUCAAACAAGUACCCGAUAUGCCGACUUCUGUCUAUAAAUGAAUAUUUUGGUAUAAAUAUAUACAAAGAACCACAAAGUAAAUACUGUUAGGUAAUUAUUUUUGUGUGUGUUUGAAGUUGGAAAACACAGAUUUCCCAUUAAUGCAAGUUCAAUUUCACAAUUAAUACCAAAUUUUUGAUAAAGCACUUUGUCGUUUUAAAUCUUGCAUUAGAAAUGCAGGAGGAAGCAAAAUCUCCCAAACCUUACUCUGCCUUCCACAGCUGGGAUGGAAUCACCAGGAUUUUUUGAGUGCUCAAAGAGUUGCCUUGAGGUAGGGAAGGGCCCAGUGUAAAAUACUGAUCUUGAGGGUGCAGGCCACCAGUAAUCAGAAAGUUAGAUGCAAAAAUUAGGGUAGAAAAAGUCAACAUGUUUAAAGAGAGAAUGAUGUGCCAACCUUUUGCAUCGGGUUGGUUGAUGGGAAACGGGAGUAUAGUGAGAGUUACAGUUUGCAGGAAGAUCAUUGACAUGCACCCGAAGUAGAACAGCAGCCAGCAAGCUGCCAUCUUGAUUGACUUGUGAAGCAAGGUUGGGGAGUAUGAACACCAGAUAGGGAAAUAUGCACUACAUUUAUCUAUCUAAGAAUAUUCAGCAGUAUUUUACCAACAUUUCUGUUAGUGAGUAUAAAAAUUCAUAGUUGGGCUUUCCUUCUUUUCAACUGUAUGAAUGUGAAUGGAACAGUGUGGUUUUGCCUUGGUGCCUAUGGGUCAAGAAUCCUGCUGGAUGAAAGAAAGAGAAUCUUAGAAGUGACCUUAGAGACAGUCUGGCCAAAUCCUCAUUUAAUAAAGGAUCCUGAGGCACAAGGAGGCAGCAGUCUUGCCGUUGAUUUCAUGGCUAGCUGACGGUGGAUCAGAAGCCAAGGUCUUUUGCACAUGUCCCAUCACUCCUGGGAUGCCAGAUAUGUGGUGUAUGUCCUACCAUUCACCUGCCUCCCUGGACCGUGGCAGAAUGUUUUAAACCGUCAGAGUCCAAGCCCUGACUAAUCAAUUGGAUUUGGAGUGUGUGCUGAUGACAGUUAGCCAUCCAUGCACAACGUCAAGCUUACUGCAUCCCAUGGAAUCCAUUAUUCCCUCAUAGUACAUAUUUGCAUUCUGAAAGGCCCAAAGAGGGCAUCCGUGGCAGCCUGAGCCCCCAGGCAGCAUGCAAGGACAGGGCAUCCAAACUGUGUCUCUUGAGAGCCAUUUGAAAACCUCUUCUUUUCACUUAUGGCUGUUCAGUGUCUCUCUGUUUAUUCUCACAUGGCCUUAUUUGAAAUCUGGGAAGUGAUAAUAAAGCGAAAAAUAGCCUUAAGGUUUGGUGGUUGAAACCCUUGACUCUGGACUACUUGUGUUGGCUGAGCCUCUGGUUCACUGGAACUGGCUGUUCUGGGCCUGAAGCCCCGGCAGGUAGCUGGACUGCUGACCUGUUCCCCAUGAGCUCCUGCAGACUUUGAGGUGGGAGUUCAAAGUUAGGAACCUCACCUCUGGCUUGAGGAUUUUGCUGUGGCUCUUAUGUCCUCAGGCCCUUGGGGAAGUCAGUCAACCCAUCAUGAUAAUGGAGCUGAUCUUAGUCUGUGGGUCAGCUACACCUUUUAACUCUCCUCUUUUCCAUUGUGCCUUUUCAAUGUUGGCUUCUCACUCAGCAUUAGUGCUUCUGUCUAAAUUCAGGCUAGGGAAUUGGGAGAAGGAACCCAAGUGGAGUACAUUCUUCAUUCAAUUAUUCAUUCGUCUAUCAAGUAUGUAUGGAAUACCAAAGUUGCAGAGAUGAACAAUGCACAGAUCCCAUCUUUGAGGGGUUCAAAAUCUAGUGGGGAGAAACUUGGUACAAUGGGUAUGUGUAACCAACCCUUCAUAGUAAGUGCUGCCAUAAGGGUACUAGAGCUUGCUUUCGGAAGCACAGGAGGAAAAGCAACAAAACUAUGGAAAUCAUGGAUGGCUUUACGGAGGAUGCAGAAAAGUCAAGUUGAUGCUUUAAAGCUAUGUAUAUUGCUGUGCACCUUGCAGAUGCUCAAUAAAGUAAUUAUUGACAACUUAUUAGCAGUUCUGUAAAAUAUCUAAAGGAGAAAAAUCUUAAUUGUCGAAAUGAGGUUUGGGUCUUAUCUGUGAUUUUCAUUUUUCUGUUUUCUUCUUGAUCUACGUUAAUUCAAAUGGUGACCUAUUAGUUUCCAGCCACAUCUGGCUUUUGUUCAUUGUUAAAAUUUUGAGUCACCCAGGAGAAAACAAAGGAGGAUAUGAUCAGCAAAACAGGCCUCAGGACAACUUUUUAAUGUUGUUUCUUUGAAAAGCUUUCUUUUUUUGGGACAUCAAGGGUUUGUGAUAUGUCCUUUAUAAAUAAGCACCAAAAGCCUAUUGCUUUCACAUAGAAAAUUAUAGAAAUACUCUUAUUUAUUUGUUUAUGCAUUAGGAAACCCCCAGAGUCUGAGAAAUGGCAAGAAGUCUCUGAAGGGGACCGGUUCUCUCUGGCUUUGGUGUCUAGCGCCCCCCUCUGGAGUGGAAGUGGCAGUGAUUCUUGGCCACCUUCCCAAGGACUCUGUGCCUGGUUCACUGUUUCGCCUAAGCUCAUCACACAAUACGUGUUUUUCAAAGUGUUAUGCAAUAAGCAAUGUACUGUGGACUGCUUGAUUUUACAAAUGGGUUCUCAGAUUUCUCAUUGUCUCUUUCUGUAGGUGUUUUUCCCCAGAUCAUGGACUGAUUUCUAAUAAUUAUAUUCUAAACUUUUAAGCUUAAAUUUCAACAAAGCAAGCACCAGUGUACCACUUGCCAUUGUUUAUUGUGUUCAGUGUAUGGGUGUCCCAGGAGGUGGAUGCUGGGUUACUCCUGGAAGGCAGUACUGCCUAAUGGUUAAGAGCCCAGGGGUCAAAAUGACUUGAACUCAAAUCUUGGCUUCACAGCUUAAGAGCUGUGUGGUCUUUGGCAAGUCAUCACCUAAAGCCUUGGCUUCCUUAUCUGUAAAAUGAGCCUAAGUAAUAGUACUUACCUCAGAUGAUUGUUAUGAGAAUAAAAUGAGUCAGUGAAUGUAAAGCAUUCAUUACCAUGUCUGUACAUUGUGUUUAGUAGAUGUUAAUUGUUAUAACUUGUUGAUGAUAAAAUAAAUCCAUAUAUCAUGGAUGAGAUUUGCUGGAAGUUACCUUAGAGGCCAGAAUGUCUCUAGAUCAAGGCUGGAAGGAACAGAGUCAAAGUAAGGUCUGGAGUCUCGGUCAGGAAUGAAAACCCUGUUUUGGUUUGGUUUGGUUUGGCUGGUUUAUUGAUUGGUUGGUUGGUUUUACGCCUGCACUUUGGGAAUCUAUAGACCUGCUUUAAGUCUUGGUUCUGCUAUGGCACUUUGGGAAAGUCUCCCAAAUUUAUGAGCUUUAAUUCCUUAUCUAUUAAAUGUGGAUAAUAAAAUUGAUCUCAGAGUAUUUAUAAGGAGCAAAUGAGAUAAUGUUCUUUGUAAACUAUAUCUUAGAGAAAUAUAAAGCUUUAUUAUUCUGGGAGGCUCCAGGUUGGUCAUAUUGCCUUACAAAUUGGGUUAUAGCUCGUUUCUAAAUGUGAGUAGCUUCAAAUGAAAAUUAUAGUUAUCCAGAAAGGGUAAAUGGCUUAGCUAAAAAUUGAGUUUGGGAGUAAAUGUGGAACAUCAUGCUUUGGUAAGGCUCUGAAAUUAAAGUCCUCAGAAUUCUGCCUCUUAUCUUUCCAUAAGUCCUACUUUUUGAAAACUCAGUAUGUUCUGCACACACCUCACGCCCAUUUGCUUUUCUCCUAAAUUAAUCAACCAAGUCCCUGAUACAUUCGGUGUUGAAAAGCAGACACCACAUAAGUCAUACAACAGUAAACAACUGAACAAGAAAGAGGUGGCAGGGAUUGUAAAGUCACAGGUGAGCUCUGAGAACUGACAGAAGCCACCAGGACCACCCUGGCAACCUACAAACCGACGGCCGGCCCAGGCCUGCAAUGUGCCGUCCAUGUCCUCAAGAACACCAGGCAGCAGCUCGUAGGAUUCUGUUUCUGGGGGUUGUAUCAGGUGUGCAUUUCCGCAAGUUAUUUCUUGUUCAGACAUAUCCGGGUGUAUCCUCUUGCGAUUCACUGCAUCUAAGUCCCAGAAGUGAGGAGCUGACAGCUGGCAUAAAGCGCAGGGUGAGUUCCCACACGUUAAUGCACCUUUUCUGGAUUUCACCUCCGGUAUAUCUGCAAAACAAGAGAGGGGUGGACGGGACCAUCUCUAGUGUCUUGCCCAAUUGCAGAUAAGAAAUCUUUGCUUUUCAACAAAUACUUUUAUAUCAUUGGGUCACAGAGAUUUUAAUCAAAUUUUAUCAACUUACCUUCCAUAUCUGAGGGUAACCAAAAGUGGGAGAAAUCCCUAUGCUCCUGAGACAUUAUCUGGAAGGACAGUGACUGAUUAGUCCUGGAAACAGCAGCAGCAGCAUUUCUUCUUUAUCCCAGGCUUGCAGAAUUAAUUAGAUUGCCCUUAGGAGCAGAUGGUAGCCAACCUGAGAGCAUUUAAGAACAUUAGUAAUGUUCUCUGAUCCCAGAUACCUCCUCCAGUGUUGCCAGAAUUCCCACCCCUUGGAAUCCUUCCUGUGGGUUGUCGCAGUUUCCUAUGAAAAUACAGUCUGUCAACACUAGCAACUUACAGCAAAUGAUCUUAUGAAAUCCUUACUAGCUGAGAACAAGUCCUACAUCCAAAUAAUUUUUCCGAUGGAUAAGAAGUGUGGUGGGAAACACUGAACUGAGCGUCAGGAGAUGCCAGCUUUAUGUCAGCAACCCAAGGAACUAGAGACUUACCUGGGGCGAGCCCUUUAUUGUGAAGGCUGAGGGCCAGGUGAGGUGCCCACUGAGAUCUUGGAAAUGAGGCCAACAGACUGUUCUCUAAGUGUCAAAUAUCAGCCCAUAAUGGAUUAAAGUAGCUCCAGAGAGAAAUAAGGCUGCUGAGCCAUUGCACUUGUAACCUGCAGCCUACUGGUAAAUGUUUAACAACCAGUGUUUGGGGUGGGGUAGGGUGGACAGGGGGCAGCCCUGAUUUGUAGCAUUUGCCAAUUUCUGUGGUGUAAAUACUCCCACCACGGCUGAUUUCAGGCUACCAGUGGGGCAUCACUGAAUGGAGAGAUGGGAACAGAUGUGCACGGUCUGCUGUAUACAGCUGAGACGAGUAGGUGUGAGCAGGCUCCACCACACCACUGCUUUAUAACCCAAAUGAGUGUAUUAAGAUAUGUCUAUGUUUCCAGCAGAAGAGGAGCUGAUCAGCCCUAGAACGGUACAGAAAGGAAAAUCAUGGAAAUGAACACUGAUCAUGCCCAUAUGAGUUCUAUCCAGGAGGGAGGAAGGCUAGGUGAUUUAAACUUUGAAUAUUUCCAAACCCAAAGGCCACAUCAUCUGCCCUGUAAAAUGAAUGCAUCAGGCUAUUCCAGCCCAAAGACAUGAAAACUCAAUUUACCUAACACCUCUCAUUUAAUCCCAUUUCCACCCAAGGACCAUCCGAUCGUGACCUGCUUCCUCCGUUGCCUUGACUCCAUGAAGAGAAUGUGCUGAACAUACAGAUUUCAACCCCCCUUGACAAUGGUUUCUCACAGUAAAUUUUAACAAAAUGGCUUUCAAUUAUGUUUUGGCUUCCUAUGUGGUUUGAGAACAUGAUGUUCUAAGUUGUCAAUGUAUGUGUUCUAGUCUAAAUAUCCAUUCUAUGUCUUAAUGUAAAUGAAUAAAAUGUCAUUGUGGUGUUGCUGUCAA